GAUUCUCUUCAUACGCGUGCAACUGAAAAUCUGCUUCCUGGCAAUUAAAGCAAUUCCUAAAAUGGUCUCAGUGGCUAAAAAUAUACGUGCCUCAAGAACCUAUGCAGGGUAUGCACUAUAAGUAAAAUACAUACCCUGUGUUCUCAAAAUAAACCGUUAACCUAGAGGAAAGUUGGGCAUCAACAUGUUUUUAAAGAAAAUGUGCUCUGCGAAUAUGAAAUGGGCGGGACCUGAGGAUUCAUGUCGACAAAUCUGGGCUUAAUAUUAAUUCAUAUUAAUAUCAUAUCCAAGACCGGUAUUAGAAUGCGAAAGGAUUCGCGAAAAAUGUAAGACCACGUGCAGCUGUGGUCAUAUUCGUAAGCAAAAGCCAUUAUGUUUCGUGCAAAACAAAUGACAAUAACAAAAAAAAAGCCCAAGGAUAUUAGUUAACGCAGAAAAACCAAUCCUGCCCAGGAGACAAAUACACACCGCUUUCCAGCGUUACUUUCAUUUUUAAGGCCCGGGACGAUCACGUGACCCGGAAGUGUUAGGAUGGAAGCGUGUGAUUGGCUGUUAGGACACGAGAAAGAUGGCGGAUGAGGAGCUGCAGGAAGCGACACGGAGGGAGACGGACGGAGUGAACUGCCUUUCCUAUGACGAGGCCAUUAUAGCGCAGCAGGACCGUAUUCAGCAGGAGAUAGCCUCGAGCAUCCCCUUGGUCUCGGAGCGGCAGCCCCUCUCGGUGCUGGAGGAGGAGUACACUCUGGAUGACACCGUGUACCAGCAGAAGAUACAGGAUUUGCACAGAAAAUACUCGUACAUCAGGAAGACACGACCCGACGGUAAUUGUUUCUACAGAGCCUUCGGCUUCUCGCAUCUGGAGUCCCUGCUGGACGACGCCAAGGAGCUGCAGAGGUUAAAUACUCGAUGGUUCUUCAGCUGUCUGUCACGCAUGGUUUCACAGACUGCUGACCGCCGUGAGUUCAAAGUGGCAGCGGCCGAGAGCAAACGGGAGCUGGUGAGUCAGGGCUUCACCGAGUUCACCAUCGAGGAUUUCCACAACGCGCUCAUGGACCUCAUCGAGCAGUGCGAGAAGCAGCCGUGCUUGGAGGAGCUCUUGGCGCCCUUUAACGAGCCGGGCAUAUCUGACUACUUGGUGGUGUACCUGCGGCUGCUGACGUCGGGUUACCUGCAGCGCGAGCACGCCUUCUUCCAGCACUUCAUUGAGGGGGGGCGUUCCGUCAAGGAAUUUUGUCAGCAGGAGGUGGAGCCCAUGUCUAAGGAAAGUGACCACAUCCACGUCAUUGCUCUGGCUCAGGCCCUCAAUGUCUCCGUACUCGUGGAGUAUAUGGACAGAGGUGAAGGGGGCACGGUCAACCCCCACGUCUUCCCAGAAGGGAGCGAGCCUCGCGUCUUCCUGCUGUACAGACCCGGCCACUAUGACAUCCUCUACAAAUAGUGCCCCCUUCUGGUCUUGCACUGCCACUGAAUUUUGGAUAGGCAAUAAGGUCAGCAGUAACAAUGUAUUUAUUUGUACAAAACACCAGGUUGGUACACAGGGAAAAAAUGCUAAAUAAGUUAAUUAUUUAUAUUGGCCAUUUUUCCUUACGCCACAGAAAUAAACGUUUGUUUAUAGUUGUUACUCGAAGCAUUUUGCAUUUGUACAGUUUUUCUUUUCCUGCGGUUUAUAAAUGGUGUUUUACAAUUUUUUUUUCCUUGCUGAAUUUGUUUUCCAGUCGUAAUGAGGUCUGAUUCAUUUUGACUUAUUUAAUAAAUCUGAUUCGUCUGUCUGA